GCCGCCGCCCGCCGCGACACCCGUCACCGUCGCCGCCCGCCCCGGACCGCCAAUGCGCGCUGUGGCGCUGAUCGCCGCGCUGGCCGUGCUGGCAGCCUGCCGGUCUGUCGCCGGCUCCUCGCUCAACGGCACGGAGCCGGAGCGGCGCGGGGGCGCUGGCCCGCGGCAGCCCGAGGCCCGCGAAGGCGAGGCCGUGCCGGGUCCCGACUACGAGGAGGAUGAGGAGUACGAGGAAGCGCUGCCCGUCCACCAGUACAUCGUAGACGACUUGAUCCGAGUUGAACCUGUGGUUAAACCCAAGCCAACAAAGAGGGGGGGUGAGAAGAAUGCCGGCAAAUCAAGAAGGAAGAAAAACAAAGGGAAAAACAAAAAGAAAGGGACUCCCUGUGAAAUGGAGUACAAAAACUUUUGCAUCCAUGGUGAAUGCAUAUACCUAGAACAUCUCCAGAUGGUGACCUGCAAGUGUCAUCAGGAUUUUUUUGGUGAGCGCUGUGGUGAACAGUUCAUGAAGACUCAAAGGAAGAAUGAUGUGGCAGACUACUCGAAGACUGUGUUGGUAGUAGUAGCUGUCCUGCUCUCGAGCUUCAGCUUCAUUACUGUACUUACCGUUGUGAUAAUGCAGGUCAGGAAAAAGUGUCCUCAGUAUGAAGAGAAAGAAGAAAGGAAAAAACUUCGACAAGAAAACAGAAAUGGCCAUGUUGGUGUGUAAAUGAAGAGAAAGCAGAGCAGUUCUGAUGUGGCCACUGCCAGGCUGCAGGGUACCUCUGGCUACCUGAUACAUCCACCUGGACACUGUGAGCUGGAGCUGUUGCCACUAAGCCCUGAUUCAUAAAGACAGAGGCUGCUGCAAGGAGAUGUCAACAUGCCACUUGCUGCUGAAUCGCUUGCUGGGGAGGACAGUUACCGCUGCACCUUGGCACAAUGAUGUGGAAGGAGCUGCCACUAUGGGGUAGAGAGGACCUGCUAUCAAGACCUGCUAGAGACUACUGCUACCGAGCCCUCUAUCAGUGCUGGAGCUCCAGUCUCUGCUGUUGUGUGGAUGGACUUUCUUCUGUUAGCAAGUCUCCUUUGGCAGCUCUAACUCUGAGCUUGUCACGGCUUCAAAGAAUAGAUGGAGGGGAGAAAAAAAUCCCUUCCCUCUCCCAAAGUGAAAAAGGGAAGAGCUCUGGAUGACUUCUCUUCCUAGACCUCAGUGGAUGAAAAAUCUAAAUCUACUGUCACUGUGCUCCCUGUUGAUAUCGGCUUCAAAGGACUUCAUCUCUAGUUCUGACUUGCAGGGUGUUGGUGACAGAUCUUUGUCAGCCACACCUGGGUUCUGUUACUGUAUGUGUGGAAAGUAAUCCCUCUGAAUUCAGUAGGACUCAUUGUGUGAGUGGAGAGACCAUUUGUGUGUGUGCUAGCCUGAGUUAACAUUAGUCUCCUCAGGAUGCCAAGACAGUAAAUGCAAGAUCUGAAGCUUUGUAUCUGAAGGAAGAGAUCCAUGCUCAAACAAGCUAAUAAGCCUGGACCCAUCUGUUAUAAAUGCAAAGCUACUUGUUACCCAGAUACUUAAUGUUGCUUUAAGCAGCACUUAAAAUAUAAAAUGCUUCAUAUCAGAUCCAGUCAGUUGAACUUGACCAAGAACCUGUUCCUUUGAAGAAUUAAAUUAAUGCACUGACACUUAGCAAGCAGUGGUCUCUUGUGCUCUACGGUCUGGUGCAAAGAACUCAACUUACCUCAAUUUUCUGACCCAAGUGUCCUUGGUUUCUUGAACUGUCCGUGCAGUCUUGAGCACAAGAGUAUUAUUUGAGUUCAGUUUCUUCUUGGAAGAGUGAAUGUGUUCUGUAUAAACAGAGCAGAAUUCUUCUGGUAGCAGAGAAACACCAUUAUUGUCAAGUCAUAUCUGUAAAUGUGUAAAUAUUUAUUACUGUAUUUAAUAUUUAAUGUUUCCAUAACAAACUUAUUUAUUUUAUAAUUAAACUUUUUACAUAACCUAA